GCGGGAUAUGCCAACGGACGUUCAUUCGCAAGUCUCCUGCUGCAGGUGUCCCGUGUGCUCCAGUUCCAGUUCCUGCUCCUGGCAUCCAACCUUCCAGCUCCUCGGACUAAUGGCACGCUACACGUACCUUGCCGCCCUCGUGCUCCUGGGCAUCUGCUGCCAGUGGGGAUCCUCUGCAGCCAUGGCCAUGCCGGAUGAGGAGCGCUAUGUGCGCAAGGAGUACAACCGGGAUCUGCUCGACUGGUUCAACAACGUGGGAGUGGGCGUGGGACAGUUCAGUCCCGGGCAAGUGGCCACGCUCUGUCGCUAUCCGCUGAUCCUCGAGAACUCCUUGGGCGCGGCCAUGCCCAUCAGGAAGCGCAACUCGGAGCUCAUCAACUCCUUGUUGAGUCUGCCCAAGAACAUGAACGAUGCGGGCAAGUAAGCCCCUGAAGUGAAGGAAUGUUGAACGACGGAACCUGGACAAGAACUUAUGAUUUGAUGUUAUACUUUUUCGGUUUUCGGUGCGUCGAAGGAAAGUGAAAGUGAAAGUCCGCAGAUGUAAGCUGGUGUAGUCAUCUAAUAGAGAGAAAAGACCGUAUAACUUUUGUUGCUUUAAAAUUGCUAUAUAAACCUAUAUAGAGAAAUAUACAAGUAGCCUAUGGUAGAAAUGUUGUAUAUUAUUUGGCUUCUUGCUGAAAUAAACUGACAUGUUUCCUCACUUCAAAUCUGGAAAUCUGGUAGAACAACUA